GUGUUGAAUUAUCUUUACAAAUAACAACAACCCAUUUUUUGAAGAUGAUGCGAUUGGUGUGUUUAUUAGUUGUAACAUCUUUUAUAAGUAACGUUUCAGGUCAAGAUCGUUAUUGUACAACACCAUUGAGGGAUGAUGGAAGAUGCAUCAUCAUAAACUCCUGCGAGCCGUUGAUAACCCUCUUAAAGACUCAAAAUCAAAACCAAGAAAUCCGAAAUUAUUUGGUCCGAUCAGUUUGUGGUUAUUCCGGAAAUUUACCAAUGGUUUGUUGCCCACAAUACGGAAGGAGCCUUCCCGACACCUCAUCUACUUCAUCAACAACUCCUUCCACAACAACCGCAAAAAUCAACGAUAAUCUCGAAGAUCGAUCCUCAAACAGUUUACCCACUUUUCCAGGAUGUGGUUUAACAAAUUCCACCGAUUUUCGUGUGGUUGGGGGAACCCCCGCAAAAUUGGGACAAUUUCCUUGGAUGGUUGCGCUUGGUUAUAGAAACUCAAAAAAUGAAAAUCAACCCAGGUGGUUAUGUGGAGGAAGUUUGAUUACUAAAAAACAUGUUUUAACAGCUGCUCAUUGUGUUAAAGGGAGGGAUGAUUUAUAUUUAGCAAGACUUGGCGAAUUAGAAUUGUAUUCAGACACCGAAGGUGCUAAUCCAAUAGAUGUACCGAUAAUCGAUAAAGUGAUUCACGCCGAUUAUAAUACUAUGCAUUACACGAACGAUAUUGCAAUAUUGACUUUGGCAAACAAGGUUGAACAUCCCUCAGUUUGGCCGAUUUGUUUACCAACUUCGCCCAGUUUAAGGUCGCAAAAAUUUGUUAAAUAUUAUGGGUUCGUCGCCGGGUGGGGAUCAAUAUAUUUUAAUGGCCCAUCAAGUAGCACACUUCAAUACGCAAGUGUGCCGAUUGUGAGCACAGAAACGUGUAAAGCAGCAUUUUCAAAAAUUAAACAGGCGAUAAUUGACGAUAACGUGCUUUGUGCUGGAUAUCCGGAUGGUUCAAAAGAUUCGUGCAAAGGCGAUUCUGGCGGUCCUUUUAUGUUGCCGAGACAGGAAAAUGGACAAUUUGUGUAUUAUUUGUUUGGUGUUGUUUCUUAUGGUGUCAAAUGCGCCGAGCCUGGGUAUUACGGGGUUUAUUCGAGCACUGGAGCUUUUUUUGAUUGGAUAACGGCGAAUUUACGUUGAUACCGUACUUGUUAUUUAUGAUGUAAUUAAUAAAAAUAGUAAUAAUUGUU